AGAAGUCUUAGAUCAUAUCGAUGGCUUCUUUGCAAUUGGUAUUUCGCCAUUGCUUCACAGCGCCAUCGUCCUCGCCAUCGCCGUCUAGCCAGGGAGCGAGGCUCCAGAGCAUUCCCGGCCGAUCCCAGUCCCCUGUUCUUCGCGGAUUCACGCUGCGCGCCUCAGGAAUCGCAUCCAAGAUGGACGUCCCGGUCGAUUCCAUCGAAGCAUCUUCGCGGACGGCACUGUAUCCGGCAAUCCAGCCCUAUGCCACUGGUCAUCUUGAGGUUUCGGAGCUUCACUCCAUAUACUGGGAAGAAAGCGGGAAUUCUGAUGGUCAGCCUGUCGUCUUUCUUCACGGUGGCCCUGGCGCUGGAACUAGCGGUGGCAACAGGAGAUUUUUCGAUCCAGAGUUCUAUCGAAUCAUUCUUUUCGAUCAGCGUGGUGCUGGGAAAAGCUUGCCGCAUGCUUGUUUAGACGAGAACACUACCUGGGAUCUCGUGAAAGAUAUUGAAAAGCUACGAAAGCAUCUGGCAAUCGAUAAAUGGCUGGUCUUUGGAGGUUCGUGGGGAAGCACUUUAGCUUUGGCAUACAGUGAAUCUCAUCCAGAACAGGUUGCAGGAAUAGUCUUAAGAGGUAUUUUCAUGCUCAGGAAGAAAGAAAUCGACUGGUUUUACCAAUACGGAUGCUCUGCCAUUUUUCCGGAUGCUUGGGAGGCUUAUCGUGACUUCAUACCUGAGGAGGAACGCAAUGACUUCGUCGGUGCUUACCAUAGGAGACUUAACGAUGAUAAUAUAAACGUCCAGUUGGCAGCGUCAAAAGCUUGGACGAACUGGGAAUUAGCGACCUCAUAUCUUCUUCCAAAUGAGGAUUCCCUGAAAAGAGGGGAAGAUGAUCGAUUUUCUCUGGCAUUUGCUCGAAUCGAAAACCAUUAUUUUGUAAAUAAGGGCUUCUUUCCGUCGGAUUCGUUUCUGCUGGACAAUGUUGACAGAAUACGCCAUAUUCCAGCGGUCAUCGUGCAGGGUCGAUAUGAUGUAAUUUGUCCUAUGAUGUCAGCCUGGGACUUACACAAAGCAUGGCCGGAAGCCAACUUCAAAGUUAUUUCAAACGCCGGCCACUCCGCGAAUGAGAAGGGGACAACGGCCGAGUUGGUGUCUGCCUGCGAGUUCUUCAAGCAUUCCAGCUGCUAAGAUUCCGGUUUAAGAUUUGGCAAUCUUCUAUGUUUUCUAACAUUCGUAUCUGGUGUUAAUUUAGAGCCAUGGUGAAAAUCCGCCACCCACCUAAAUGGCAUUUUGACAAA